AUGGAUGCGACUAGCACUUCAAAGACAACAGAGAUGGUGACCGACACACCUCGCCAAGAAGAUGGCCUCAACGAAAAGUCCAACUCUAGCAGCCAGGUGAAUCUGGUUUACAGUGAUGCCUCCCAAGAGCCUGAGAUCCAUCUUCGAACCUACAUUGCUGUUGUGGCCAUGCUGCUUCUCAACUAUGUUCAAAUUAUUGCCCUCCAAGGGCCUCCACUGGUGGCAAAUAAUAUGGGAAAAAGUCUUGGAAAUCCCGCUGCCCAGGCUUGGAUUCCCACUGCCUUGUCUUUGGUUCAAGCGGUUCUUGCGCCCGUCAUCUCGUCAGCGUCCGACACUUUCCAAGCCCGAAAGCUAAUCCUGGUCGUGGGCUGUGUGAUAUCAUUCAUCGGGUCGGCUGUUGCUCCUGGCUCACAGAGCAUAUAUCGACUCAUCGUCGCGCAGAUUCUAAUUGGAUUUGGCUUCUCUUCCACGGCCCUUGCAUACAGCGUGCCAAGCGAGAUCUUGCCCAAGAAAUGGAGGCCAAUGGUGCAGUCUAUUGUCAACAUUGCAGCAGCCCUAGGGGCAUGCUCGGGGCCUCUCAUCAUGGGGGCACUUUCUCGUAGUGACCCUAUGAAUGGUUGGCGUAAUUACUAUUGGAUGCAAAUGGCCAUGUGGGGGUUAACAGCAGUUUCUAUUCUCAUCGGCUACCGACCUAGAAAGCGAUAUACCGUCUACAAUGAAAUGUCUCUGAGUCAAAAGAUCAAGGCCCUUGACUUGAUUGGAGUAGGACUCUUUGCCUCCGGCCUCACUCUAUUCCUGGUAGGACUUAACCUAGGAGGCGGGCAGUUUGCUUGGACGGACAAAAAGGUCCUUGCAACUCUGAUUAUAGGACUUGUCACGCUGCUAGCUUUCAUUGUUUAUGAGUGGAGAGGAACCAAGGUUGGUAUCGCACACCACGAUUUGUUUCGCAAAGGGGUCAGUUCUGGUCGAACCUUUUCCCUAUUUAUCGCCCUCAUGUUCAUCGAAGGCAUCAUGUUCUUUGCUUUUUCCAUCUUCUACCCUGUUCUGACAACCUCUCUAUUUGAACAAGACCCCUUGCUAGUAGCCGCGCGCGCCCAACCCUUUUGGAUCGCCUGCGGAAUAUCAACCCUCGUCUGGGGCUACUGGAGCAUCAAGGCCAAGUCCAUCCGAGUUCCUCUCUCGGUGGCGUUUCUCAUCUUUACCGGCGGCACCGUCGGGUUCGCCACCAUUCAGCCAGACGACUCGCUGAGCACCUGGUUCUUUGCUGGCGUCUCAGGAAUUGGGUUUGGUGGCCCUCUCAUCUUGAUUAUUACCGGCAUCCAACUUGCAACACCGCAUGCGCUCAUUGCAACGGCAACGGCACUGGCUAUCACAAGUCGUGCUGUCUCAGUGGCAGUGUUUACGGUCAUCUUUAGCAUUGCCUUCACCGAACGGCUUCAGCCAAACAUUGCCAGUCAGGUGCCUAUGGCCGCACUCAAGGCCGGGCUCCCAGCGUCGUCAGUGGAAGCUUUUGUCGGGGCGUUGGCGGCUAGGGACAUGGCGGCCCUCUCGCAAAUUCAAGGUGUCACGCCUCAAAUCAUCGCCGCUGGCAUUCAGGCCCUGAAACAGGCGUUUGCAGACAGCAUUCGGGUGGUUUUUAUUAUAGCUGCUCCGUUUGGGGCUCUUGCUUGCCUUCUCUGCUGGUUCUUGGAUGACCAAAGCAAAGAGAUGAACUAUAGAGUUGAUGCGCCAAUUGAGGAUUUGCAUGCGCGUGCUCGAGCGUCAGAUGCUGUUAUUGGGCCAUGA